AUCCAUAGAGGUGUGUGUUGAUCGUUUCGUAUAGAUAGAGUAUGAAAGGCACUCAACAAGGAAAUUAAAAAAACAUUAUAGAAAAUAUUUACAGUACUAUUUGUUUUAUUUUACAUGUUCCUUCUUUUGUCAUUUUGCCAACUUUGGAAUCUUCGUCGUGGAAUCUGAGGAAACAUCAGUAUGAAAAUCAAGGAGUUUUCUUCGCUAUAAUGAACGAGAAUCAGUAGAGCACAUGUUGAUAGAAGACGGUGUUUAAGUCUUUCUUUCAGGGCUUUGUCAAUUGAAUUCAGAUGUCACAGCCAAGGCAAAACAAGAUGAUGAUGAGUCCAAACGUUGCCAAACAAGUUGGUGACACAACCUAUACUAAGAUCUUUGUUGGAGGACUGGCUUGGGAGACAAAGAGAGACACCCUUAAACGCUAUUUUGAUCAGUUUGGGGAGAUCUUAGAGGCUGUUGUCAUCACUGAUAGAAACACUGGAAGAUCAAAAGGAUAUGGCUUUGUGACCUUCAAGGACCCAAAUUCUGCAAUAAGAGCUUGCCAGAAUCCCUAUCCUGUGAUUGAUGGAAGGAGAGCUAACUGUAAUCUUGCAUCCUUUGGAGCCCAAAAAUUUAAUCCAUCUAUAACAGAUGUUUCAGGAAGGCAAAAAUUCAGUAGCCCUUCAUGGAAUACAGCACCAAUCCAAUUUCAAGGCACCUCCUCCACUUACUAUAAUCAGCACAUACCACAGUAUCCAUUUCCGUAUCCAGCUUAUAGGUAUCCUAGUUAUCCUCCCCCACAAGACUUAUAUGAAAUGAACUACAAUAAUGUAUAUAGUGGACAGCAGCUUCCAUUCCGCUGGUUUCCAGCAUAUUGCCAACCCUUCUAUGGCCUUAAUAGACAGUUUAUUCCAACAGCAUAUCUGAAAAAGGCACAAUUCCCUGACAUGUCACCUCAAGAGUUCACAGUUGUUGGCUUAUCAGAACCAGUUCCAGCUUCUCCUUCAAUUUCUAGCACUGGACUAGUCACAGGAACAGUGCCUGCAACAGGAGUGUUAGAAUCCCCCCAAGAACAGAAAUCCUCAACUUAAGCUUGUGAUACUACAUCAGAGAAAGGAAAAAGAAAUAUGACACUGCUCAAUAAAUUAACCAGAAAGGUCUAAGAACAUGCCCAAUGAGGUGGUCUAGCAAAGUAACUAAAUCAAGCAAUAACGUGUUGAGGUUUUCCAUCCAUUGAACAGGUGAUCUUAGAGACCAAACACUGAUGAAAUGAGUCGUGGAUUUGUUCGUUGUCUUGAAUUUUCACUUUCGAGAAUUCUAAUGCACAGCAUUCAUUCUUCAAUUUUCCUUUUUUUUUUUUCUUUUUUAACAUGGGAUUUUUUUAAUAUAACUAAUUCAUUACUUGGUUCCUCG